UUGGUGCCACUUCAUCCAUCCGGCUUUGAUUCGAUGGUUCACAUCUUCAUCGAUAUCCCCAUCCCUUUGUAGCAUUGACCCCAAAUAUCGAAAGGUGUCCUCUGAGGCACCACCUGCCCAUCAAGACUAACCUUCUCCUCCUCCUUGUGCCUAGUAGUAUUGAAACAGCACCUCAUGUACUCGGUUUUAGUUCCACUAAGUCUAAAUCCUUUCGAUUCAAAGGUACUGAAACCGCACCUCAUGUAGAGGUUUUUUUAUUAGGAAAUUUUUCUUUAGGAUCACCAAAGUUCUUUGUUUGGUUUUGAGAGUAUGAUCGGUUGAUUAUUGUAAGGUCAAGCAAAAGCUAAGGAAAAGACAUAGAAUGUUCAAAGGAAAAACCUCCAGGCGACCAUUCACAAAUCAUGGGCAGGCAAAUAUUCUAGCAGUCUGCAGUCCUAUUUAUUAGUUCUUUGAGAUGAGCUUUUCGACCUGGCAUUUGAUUUCUUGCAUGGCUGAUAACUGUGAUGAUUGUGAUUCUCUUUCUUGAUGUUCUCCCAGCAAAAUCCCAAUUCUAAAGGUGUAAAAAUAUCUUUGUGUCGUUUGGGAUCUUUGCCAUAAAAUGUUGGCAAUUUUGGUUUACUUCUGAGCUUGAAGAAUAUGCUUUCAUCUUUUAAUUGUAACCUUAAUGUUCCUCACUAUGCAAUGAUCCCAAAACAUAUACGAAAAUGAACCUGUAUUUCAUGCUCUUAUAAAUUUUCUUUCCCUGACAGAAGGGAAAACACCCAGCUUCUGUUAGAUAAGCCAAAGUAUUACAAGGUAUAUAUGGAGAAAUGUGUCACAAUAAUAGAUGGGUAGCAUAACUAUGUGUCGAAAACAAGCACAGAAUGAAAGGGUAACGAGCUUGCAGUCCAAGACUUCUACUGUCUAAAAAGCUUGCGUUCUGCACCAUCUUUCUCUCGAAGUCCAAGCUGAGCAAAUGCUGUAUUGCCAUCACACAUGCCACACAAAAGGAUUUCAGUUUGUCUUGUACUUACAGAUCAUAUUAGAUGUAUAACUGUUUGGUGCAAUGCAGUAUUGUAGCAUCAUGUUCUGUUUUUCUUAUAGUGAUGUACAUGCUCAAUAAAUAGGAUCUUACGAUUUUAAGUACAUAAGUUUCUGAAGAGAUUUUUUUGCUAGCAUUGAUAUGAUGCCAAUUUUUGAAUGAUGCCUCCUGAACUUGUUUUAGUUGAAGGGAACAAUGCUUUAUCUUGGAGGUGCCAAAGCUUAAGUUCUUCUUUUGUUCGAAAAGCCAUGCAUUUUGAACUCUCUUAAUGUAAUUCCAAUGAAGAGUCAUGUUUUCUGCUCCACAUAUUUCAGGUGGCUGUGGUAGGGAUCUUUCAGCACCAUUGAUGGAACAUGAAAAGUUACAUGAAGAUCGAUGCCAUUCAAGGCAGUCUCUUUCUCCUGCAAGCUACACUAGCUCAAUUGGGGCUGCUACCAUAAACCUCGUCAGUCCUACUCGGUCAUUGAAUUUCAGGGAUAGAUACAGGGAUGCAGGUUGCAAUCUUAAAACAUCAACAGAGCUAUUGAAAGUUCUGAAUCGUAUUUGGAGCUUGGAAGAGCAGCAUGCGGUUGACGUGUCAGCAGUUAAGGGGUUGAAAUCAGAGUUGCAGAAUACACAGGCACGUGUUCAAGAGCUUACGCAAGAGAGGCAGCGAUAUCACUAUGAAAUCGAGUCUCUGGCCAGGCAAGUCAGUGAAGACAAAAUGGCUCGGAAAAACAAGGAACAAGAGAAGCUUAGAGCAACCCUUUGUUCGCUGCAAGAGGAGCUUGAAGCUGAGAGACAUCUGAGGAAACAUUCUGAGAAUCUCCACAGGAAGCUAGGGAAAGAGUUGUCUGCAAUGAAACCGGCAUUUCUCAAGGCUGUAAAAGACCUGGAGAAAGAGCAGAAAGCAACUCGCCUGUUGGAAGAUCUUUGCGACGAGUUUGCGUUAGGAAUCAGAAACUACGAAGAGGAAGUGAGGGUGUUGAAGCAAAGGCAUGUAAAGGAGUAUGAACACAAGACUGAUAAGCUGGUGGUCCAUAUUUCAGAAGCAUGGCUCGACGAGCGAAUACAGAUGCAAAAUGCUGAUGCCAGGGGAGAUUCAGAAGGGAAAACCUCAAUAACGGAGAGGUUGAGCGGUGAAAUACGGAGUUUCCUUCAUGGUAGAAGAUCAAGCAACUUCUAUGGUGCUAACAAACAUACUGGUAACGAAAAGGGAGACGCAAGCUUGUGUCGACAGUCCCUUGAAUCUCUGCACUUAAAUGGAGCCACUAGUGCUCCUCGGUUAGCUGAAGACGAUGAAAAUUCUGUUGCUAGCGACUUGCAUUGCUUUGAGUUGAACAUGCAUGGAGAUGCUGUGCAGACUCAUGACCUUGCAGGAACUCGACGAACAGUCGCGGACUGCAUGUAUUCACCAAUGAGAAGACUGGAGUUUUCCGAUGGUGUGUCUGUUGAGGGCUCAAGGAUCUCAACCGCAAGGCCUCGUUCAGAAAAAGGCAAGGUGAAGCCAAGCAGCAGCAAAGCACAGCUGCAUACUUCGACACCAGAAAUCAGCUCUCGCAACUGUGACAAGAUCGAUCCUAUAGAUGAGCAGAAUGAAACAGUCAUGACCCAAGUCUCUCGACGGUUGCACGAUGACUUGCUGAAGAUCAAAUCAGAGGCUCCUCAGCAUGCAUUUCUAGAGCGAAAACCGCACGAUCAUCAUCCCCGGACGUAUCAGUUUCGUGAAUGUGCUGCUUCAAGCGAUCUACUGCACAAUCUGCACAGUCCAGCCCGGCAGCUGAAGAAUCAUCAACGCGCGUCGUUGGACUACCAAAUAUCUGAAUGUGCUACUGCAGGUGAUGUACGCGGUCUGCGCAGCCCAUCCUGGCAGCUGAAGAAUCAACGUGCGUCGUUAGACUACCAGAUAUCUGAAUGUGCUACCACAGGCGAUCCGCACAACCUGCGCAGUCCAUCGCGGCAGCUGAAGAAUCAUCAUCGGUCGUCGUUGGACCAUGAAAUCUCCGAGGCCUCGCCGGCGCGGUCUCUCGGGUCAAAAGACAAUACGCUCAAGGCGAAGCUACUGCAAGCGAGGUUAGAGGGGCAGCAUGCCCGGAUUAGGGCGUCGGGCUAUCCCCUGAUCAGCACAAGAAGGAAAUGACUGGCUGGCACCCUUGGGCUAAGCUUCCAUGCUGUGGUUUAAUGGGGUUACAUUGUAAGAUAAGACAUCUGACUAGAUGUGUUCAGAAUUUCAUGCGCGGCGGUGUCGGGUCGCGGGCGGGAUAUGCGGAAUUGUAGCUGCAUGGGGGAGGAGAGACCCCCUUGAGUAGAUUUGCAUCCUUGAGUCUCGUCCGGCUAUGAUUGAAUGAUUGAAUGUACGUAGAGAUGGACUUUCGGUAAUCACCUGUCGUUGUAAUGUUUGUAUAGUAGUAUUAUAUGUGCCGAUGUAGAAGUAGGAACUUGAACCCCUGUGCUUGAGAAGAAAGCUUGAAACCCCUGAA